UUUAUGCAUAUGCUUAGCAUUAAGAUAAAAAGGACCACCAGACUGGAAAUGAGAAUUAUAAGAGUCACAAAUAAUUAAUGUGCCAAGAAAAGAAAAUACUAUAGAUAAAGAGAAAAACUAGGAAAAUAAGAAGGUGGUUUCAUAUGAACAGCAAUGAAUAAAAAGCGGAGCUCCUCCAACGAGGUAAGAUCGAUCGCAAAGAGUGCGAGAUAGGCCUAGCAAGACGCAAAUUCUAGACGAUAGGCUCACCUCCCGCUUAGAGAUGACGGCAGCGCUCGUCAUUGUACAAAAGCUCCGACAUGGCUGCGCGUGAAUCGCCACUGGUCCGUCCACCUGGCGCCUCGUAAUUCGUCCACGGGUGACUGCUCUUCCAUGAAUGGCAUAUUCCAAUCCAUGUACCAGAAAAUGCCCCAUGCAAGGGCGACAGGAAGAAUAUCUCUAAAUCAUCGAGCAAAGAGUGGAGAGUAACAUUAGCCGUGGCACUGCACGCGGUGGUGUGGCGCUAUAGGGACGUAGACGUGGCGCUGAUCACAGUGUGCCCUAAUGCGCUGUUUGGCAGACCCAUCUUCUUACUACUAUCCACAAGCUGGCUCAGCAACUGGACAAAGCAGUGGAAGAGAUAAGCCUUUUUUUUUCUUUCCCUCUCUUUCUCUCUCUUCCUUGUGGAUUGGCGAGGCAGUGGAAAAGCGAAAAAAGAGAAAGAAGGCACGGAAUGCGCUAGCUGGGCAGCUGGAACAGCUAUGGAUUCCGCGACCCAAGAAGAGAGCGAGGCAAAAGGAGCCAGGAAAGCACCUGGAGUGAGAAGACAAGGUAUGGCGCACCGCUGGGCCGGGGAAUCUCUAAUCGGCCUCUGCCCAAUGCCAUAUUCGGGGCUGGGAGCCGAGCAUGACUGAAAUCGCGCUCGCAUUUCACCGCCCAGGUCGCUGAUCAUCGCUUUCAGUCGCUAAAACAGGGGAGGGGAGAGAGAGAGAGAGAGUGAGACCAAGCUUAACGUAAGAGAGAGGGAGUGCGAGAGAAAGAGAAAGAGAUGGGUAGCAGCACAACCAUCGUGUGGUUUCGGCGAGAUCUGCGAGUGGAGGACAAUCCGGCGCUGGCGGCGGCGUCCAAGGCCGGGGCCGUGGUUCCGCUGUUCAUCUGGUGCGCUGAGGAGGAGGGAGAGUUCCGCCCGGGGAGAGUGUCGCGAUGGUGGCUCAAGCAAAGCUUGAUGCACCUGAAUUCCUCACUCGCCAAGCUCGGCUGCCCGCUCUUGAUGCAAAAGUCCCGCGGCAGCAGCCUCAACGCACUGCUCCAGAUCGCCAGGGACACCAAAGCUACUCAGGUUUUCUACAAUCACCUCUAUGAUCCCGUGUCGCUCAUCCGAGACCACCACGUAAAGCACGGGCUCUCGCAGUACGGCAUCACCGUACAGACCUUCAACGCGGAUCUCCUCUACGAGCCGUGGGAGCUCUUCGACGCGCGAGGCAAUCCAUAUACACACUUUCAAUUGUUUUGGCAGCGCUACCUCGGCAUGGACCACGAACCCGACGGCCCACUACUCCCGCCAAAGCGCCUCUCCCCGCCAGCCGAGCCGGGGCUCGGCCACCUUGGCCUCCCAGCCGAGGAGCUCGGCCUCGAGGACGACUUCGAGAAGAGCAGCAACGCGAUGCUGGCCCGGACUUGGACGCCCGGCUGGAGCAACGCCAACAAGGCCCUGGACGCGUUCCUGGCCGGGCCGCUGGCCGACUAUGGCGACAACCGCGGCAAGGUGGACGGUGGCACCACGUCCAUGCUCUCGCCGCACUUGCACUACGGCGAGCUGAGCAUCCGGAAGGUGUUCCACGCCGUGCGCAGCAAGCAGCUGCUGUGGAUCACCGACGGCAGGCAGCCCGCGGAGCGCAGCGCGAGCUUGUUCCUGCGAGCGCUCGGCUACCGCGAGUACUCGAGGUACCUGUGCUUCCACUUCCCCUUCACUCACGAGCGAUCGCUGCUGGGGCACCUGAGACACUUCCCCUGGAGAGUUGACGAGGGGUUCUUCAAGGCGUGGCGGCAGGGGCGAACUGGGUAUCCUCUCGUCGACGCCGGGAUGCGCGAGCUUUGGGCGACGGGCUGGCUCCACAACCGGAUCCGCGUCAUCGUCUCGAGCUUCUGCGUCAAGUUCCUCCAGCUCCCGUGGCGCUGGGGGAUGAAGUACUUCUGGGACACGCUGCUGGACGCGGACCUCGAGUCGGACAUCCUCGGGUGGCAGUACAUCUCCGGGAGCCUCCCGGACGGCCACGAGCUGGACCGCAUGGAGAUCCCACACGUCGAGGGGCGGCGGUUCGAUCCGGAUGGCAACUACGUCCGGAAGUGGCUGCCGGAGCUGUCGAGGCUGCCGACGGAGUGGAUCCACGAGCCGUGGAACGCGCCCCCGAGCGUGCUGUGCGCGGCGGGGAUCGAGCUGGGCUGCAACUACCCGAGGCCGGUGGUGGAGAUCGCGGCGGCGCGGGAGCGGCUGCAGCGGGGGCUGCGGGACAUGUGGGAGCACAACAGUAACAGUAUCAGCAGCGGCAGUGGGACGCCGGAGCCGCCGGAGAUAAACAGUGACAAUGGCGAGCAGCAGAUCAGAGACUAUGGCGGUAGCAACGGGCACCAGCGACGAUCAAACGACCAGAUGGUGAUGGAGCGCCAAAACCAGCAGCAGCAGCAGCGAGACCGAUGUUCGGAUACCUCACACCCGGAUCAGAUCGUUCCAACGCUCCUCCCUGACUUUAACACGCUGCGGUCCGGGUCCAGCCGGAUCCAUCAUCACCACCACCACCACCACCACCAUCUUCAGCCGCAGCAGCACAACUUUGCGCUGGCGGGGCCGGGGGAAGAUUUUCAUCCCGCCAACCACAGACAGGAGCAGCAUCCCCAGCAGCAGCAAUUCCCUCAGCUGCAGCUGCAGCAACCCCAGCAGCAGCAUCAGCAGGCGGUCGAGAUGAUGGACAGUGAUGUCAACUCCACCGCGGAGUCGUCAUCAGCCUUUAGGAGGAAUUACGACGGCUACGCGACAGCUGCGGCGGUAUGGUUCCCCACACACAGCAAUCGACGUAGGGUGGACUUCUCAGCUUACUUGUGAAUAUCUCUCUCUUUGUCUCUCUCUCUCUCUCUCUUUUCCAACUCUCUUUUCUCUCUCUCUCUCUCUCAUAAGGUAGCAUAGAAAAGGAUGGGUUUCUGUUGAAGUUUUUAGUAAGCUUUGUAGCAUUGGUUUUGAUCUGGAAGGAAAACUUUGUAGGAGCAUCUCUUGCACUAACUUGUGGGGCUCUACACACAGCUUAAUGAAAAGGAAUCGGUGCGAUGGGACUUGAA